UUCUCAAUUAAUUAUCUCCAUCAAAAAAUUUUUCAUCAAAAAAUGCAUGUCCAUUUUGUAGAUGCCCCUCUACCACCUCCCAGUUACGAGCAAGCAGUAGUAGAAUGUCGCUCUCCUUUUGGGGGGUCAACAAAUACAAGUUUAAUUGGAGAGAAUUGUGGAGGGAUGGAAAUAUCCCAAAGAGUACAAGUCCAGUCAGAAUUAAUAAGAGAACAAGAAGCCGAAAUUGGAAAAUUAAAAAGGGAUUUGGGGAAAAUGAGGGAACAUGUAGAAAGAAUGGCAUUACAACAACCAACUACAACACCUAAAAUUAGCGAUAAAUUAACUCAGAGGUUGGCAAAUAUUGUUGAUGAAGAGGCGGAGGAGAGGAGAAGGAAAAAUAGUAAUUAA